UGACUCGAAGCAGGAUAAAAUGUGGUUGGUUCUUGGAUGGGAAGAGUUGAAAAAGAGGAGCUAAAGAGGUUGCUCAGCCCUGGAGAGCACAGGCUACUCUUCCAAGUUCCAAGUCCCAAGUUCGAUUCUCAAGCACUCACAUAACACUCACAAUCCUCUGUAACUCCAGUUCCAGGGGACCCCAUGCCUCCUCUGUUCCCUUACCCCUGUGGGCACCAGGCCUGCAAGUGGUGCACGGAUAUACAUGUAGGCAAGGCAUCCAUCCAUAUAGAAAUAUUUAAUGUAAAAAAGAGUGACUAUGUAGACGGACAGACAGGUAGAUUGACAACAGAUCGUUGCCUAGCUAGUCAAACAGUGAAUAUUUGCACACAUCUGGUAUGUGCGGGGCCCUGUACUAGGGAAACAAGACCAGACCUUACUCUCAAGGUCAGAGGCUAAAAGAAGACAAAGGACAGGAAAGCAACAGUCUAUAAUAAAGAGCCCAGAGAAUUAUUCCAUAUGACAGAGCUAGGGACUCUGGGGUCAAGGGACGGCUUCGCAGGAGCCAUGCUCUUUGAGGAGGAGCUUUGAGGCCUGGUAAGCGCUCCGUAGGCUCGCCGACACUUCCAGGACACUGGACUACAGAACAGUGAGGGGACCUGAGCGCUGUUGCCGGAUGGCCCCAUUGAGGGCCUCACUCUCCAGGCUAGGCCAGAGCGGGGCGGGGCCUCGGCCAGGUACAAGGCGGCGCUUCGCGGAGCCAGGAAGUGUGUCCCCGGCGGCGACCCGUGCGGCGCUACCGCGAGCUUACCUGCGACCCAGGUGCCUGGCUGCAGCAAGCCAUGCUCUGAACCAUGCCCAGGCCGGGACAGCCCCGCCCAUCGUCUGGGCCUCCACGCUUGGGGCCCUGGGAGAGGCCCACAGAGUUAUGCCUGGAAACGAAUGAUGAGCGCUCCCAGCCCCCACCAGGCCGUCGCACCCGGAGGCCAGACCCUAAGGACCCUGGCCACCACGGGCCAGAGAGCAUCACCUUCAUUUCAGGCUCUGCAGAACCAGCCAACGAGCCCCCAACCUGCUGCCUCCUCUGGCGCCCCUGGGGUUGGGACUGGUGUAGGGCUGCCUUCUGCUUCCGACGCUGCAGGGAUUGCCUCCAGCGCUGUGGAGCUUGUGUGCGGAGCUGUAGCCCCUGCUUAUCUGCUGGAGACCCCAUUGAAGGGUCUUCGGAAGCCGCCUGGGCCAAGGAACACAACGGUGUGCCUCCCAGCCCAGACCGAGCACCCCCCAGCCGCCGGGAUGGGCAAAAGCUCAAGACCAGCAUGGGCAGCAGCUUCAGCUACCCUGAUGUUAAGCUCAAGGGCAUCCCGGUCUACCCCUACCGCCAUGCCACCUCCCCCGUCCCUGACGCGGACUCCUGCUGCAAGGAGCCCCUGGCAGACCCUCCUCCCACACGGCACAGCUUGCCUAGCACCUUCACCAGCAGCCCCCGUGGCUCUGAGGAGUACUAUUCCUUCCAUGAAUCGGACCUGGACCUGCCCGAAAUGGGCAGUGGCUCCAUGUCGAGCCGUGAGAUCGACGUGCUUAUUUUCAAGAAGCUGACAGAGCUGUUCAGUGUACAUCAGAUUGACGAGCUGGCCAAGUGCACAUCAGAUACCGUGUUCCUGGAGAAAACCAGCAAGAUCUCAGACCUGAUCAGCAGCAUCACACAGGACUACCACCUGGAUGAGCAAGACGCUGAGGGCCGUCUAGUGCGAGGCAUCAUCCGCAUCAGUACCCGCAAAAGCCGCUCGCGGCCACAGACCUCUGAGGGGCGCUCAGCCCGCUCUACUGCUCCUGCUGCUGCCCCCGACAGUGGCCAUGAGACCAUGGUGGGCUCUGGCCUCAGCCAGGAUGAACUGACAGUGCAGAUCUCCCAAGAGACAACCGCAGAUGCCAUCGCCAGGAAGCUGAGGCCAUAUGGAGCCCCAGGGUACCCAGCCAGCCAAGACUCAUCCUUCCAGGGCACGGACACAGACUCUUCAGGUGCACCCCUGCUGCAGGUGUACUGCUAACCCUCCUGACCCAGCAAGAGUCCCUCUUGGAAGAAGCAUUAGCCAGCGGAGGAGAGGAACCAGGACCUCUGUGUGCAGGCCAGAUUCUGAGCCCAGAAGCAGUGACCUCUCUGGCUUGUGCUUUUGUUGAAUGAUCCUAGACCACAUACAUUUCACAGGGCCAUGGCGCCCACAUUCUUCAUUCUCCAGCUGGACUGACUGCUGGCUGGGCCUGUUUCUUCUGUGGCCUGAAAGCAAAGCCUUGGGAAGUAGCUUCCCAGUUCCAUUCCAUGAUACCCUAAGCAAUUAUGGGAACUAAGUAGGUUGGGUUGGGGACAGCAUGGCCUCUGUGAUUCUGUGGGCAGUGCCCACUUGCUAUAUUGAUAAGCAGUUCAUAUUGGUUCUUGGCUACUCUGUAUUGUUAACAUGACCCUAGUUGCAAGUACA